UGUCGGGGCGCUCGGCUGCGCGUGCUGCCUCCCCCUGCCUGGGCUGCGGCGCCCAGAGGGGCUGCGGGGCACCGGGCGGCGCAGCCGGCAUCGCGGCGGGCUCGGGCUGAGUCCGGGGCGGGCGAGUCUGUGCCGACCAUGGCUGCCGGCCCGGACCGGGGCGGGCGAGGGGGCUGGCGUCCAGCGGAAGGAGAGAACACGGAACGGGCUCGGGGACCCUCCGGGCAAUGCGGGGCGCGUGGCGGGGGGCGCAGAGAGGAGCUGGUGGGUGAUGGGAAGUGCAGUGACAGCAUAACCAUGUCUGGUAAAUAGAGCCGGUUGGUAGGACCCAAAUCACUUGCGACGGCCGGGCAGGGUUCCCCCCCCGGCUCGGAAUGAAAACGGCUUUUCGGCAGAGCAGGGCUUUUCCGCCUCCCUGGGGCCGUGGGCUGCCGGGGUGACCCCGCUCUUAGGAGGGAGGAAGCCAAGAUCUGGGGCAGCAGCCUACUCCCCACCCCCAGUGUUUAGGUUCCAGUGUUUUCCGAAGGAGAUCGAGCCUAGGAGCUCCCUCGGAUCCUAGGGGCAAAACAGCUGGGCUGCGCUCUGGCCCGCCGCUAGAGCCCCCUCCGGAUCGGGCAGGAGGGGGUUAAGGUGGCGCUGACUGCCGCGGCCAGCUGGUGGGUCUGAUCCACUCGCUCGGAGCCGAGCGCGGAGCGCGCCCGGCGGAGUCCCGGCCGGAGCCCGGGGCGAUGGGGAGAGGCCCCGGACCCCUCCCCGCCCUGGGGCCGGCAGGAUUGGGCCGGCAGGGGGCCAGCCCGGAAGCCGGCUUCCUCCAGGCUCCCCCCUCUCGCUGCUGCCAAGCCGCCUCGAAGCCAGGCUGACUUGAGCCUUGGUUCUGUGCUCACUGCCGAGGAGACGACGUGAGGGAUUUUGUCUUGGGGAGAAAUCGGUGGUCGAGCGCCUGCCCAGUUCAAAUGCCACCGCGCCCGGAGGGAGGCCUGCAGUUUAGGGAUCCCUGAAGGAGAGCAACGUCACACCUCCUGAGGACAGCCAGGAGGACUCUGGCUUUUGCUGAGCAUUGCAUCUUGCCUCCUUCCUUUCAAAGGCUCCAGACCCAAUCUCGGCUGUCCUCGAGUCCUGCGUGCCCUUGACCAGGCAUCCCACUGCCCCUCCAGCCCAGCCCAGCCCAGGAGCUCACCUCCAGGACCUGGAGCCUACCCUCCUGCCCAGAAUGACUCACCAUUAUUUCUAGCUCAAGUGAGAAGACGUGAUGGGGAAUCAGGCUGCCUGUUUGUGUAUCUAGGAUUCCUGCAGCAUCGGAUCAGUUCUGCAAGGAAGAGAGCUGCAGAUUCCUGCCUUGCCAGCCAAGCGGGGCUAUCUCUCUGGCUCUCAGAGAGACCUGGGGGCUCCCCUGCAGGAGUGCAGGCCGAUGCUGCUGUGUUUCCUGGGGCCGUAAGCAGCGCCCUGAGCUCCCUGCCGCCAGGCAGCUAGAAGGCGUAGCGAGAGGCGCUUCUCUUGGUUCCAAUUAUGACAGUGGCCACCGGAGACCCAGUGGAUGAGGCCGCUGCCCUCCCUGGGCACCCGCAGGACACCUAUGACCCAGAAGCAGACCACGAAUGCUGUGAGAGGGUGGUGAUCAACAUCUCAGGGCUGCGGUUUGAGACCCAGCUAAAGACCUUAGCCCAGUUUCCAGAGACCCUCUUAGGGGACCCAAAGAAGCGGAUGAGAUACUUUGACCCUCUCCGGAAUGAGUACUUUUUCGAUCGGAACCGCCCAAGCUUUGAUGCCAUUUUGUACUACUACCAGUCUGGGGGCCGGUUGAGGCGACCCGUGAAUGUGCCCUUAGAUAUAUUCUCCGAAGAAAUUCGGUUUUAUGAGCUAGGAGAAGAAGCAAUGGAGAUGUUUCGGGAAGAUGAAGGCUACAUCAAAGAGGAAGAGCGUCCUCUACCCGAAAAUGAAUUUCAGAGACAGGUGUGGCUUCUCUUUGAAUACCCAGAGAGCUCAGGGCCUGCCAGGAUUAUAGCUAUUGUAUCUGUCAUGGUGAUCUUGAUCUCAAUCGUCAGCUUCUGCCUGGAGACGUUGCCCAUAUUCCGGGAUGAGAAUGAAGACAUGCAUGGCAGUGGAGUGACCUUCCAUACCUAUUCCAAUAGCACCAUCGGGUACCAGCAGUCCACUUCCUUCACCGACCCUUUCUUCAUUGUAGAGACCCUCUGCAUCAUCUGGUUCUCCUUUGAGUUCUUGGUGAGGUUCUUUGCCUGUCCCAGCAAAGCCGGCUUCUUCACCAACAUCAUGAACAUCAUUGACAUUGUAGCCAUCAUCCCCUACUUCAUCACCCUGGGAACAGAGCUGGCUGAGAAGCCAGAAGAUGCUCAGCAGGGCCAGCAGGCCAUGUCACUGGCCAUCCUUCGAGUCAUCCGGUUGGUAAGAGUCUUUAGGAUUUUCAAGUUGUCCAGACACUCCAAAGGUCUUCAGAUUCUAGGUCAGACCCUCAAAGCCAGCAUGAGAGAAUUAGGCCUCCUGAUAUUCUUCCUCUUCAUCGGGGUCAUCCUCUUCUCUAGUGCUGUCUAUUUCGCAGAGGCCGAUGAGCGAGAGUCCCAAUUCCCAAGCAUCCCGGACGCCUUCUGGUGGGCAGUCGUCUCCAUGACAACUGUAGGCUAUGGAGACAUGGUUCCAACUACUAUUGGGGGAAAGAUCGUGGGUUCCCUAUGUGCAAUUGCAGGUGUGUUAACCAUUGCCUUACCUGUCCCCGUCAUAGUGUCCAAUUUCAACUACUUCUACCACCGGGAGACAGAGGGAGAGGAACAGGCCCAGUACUUGCAAGUGACGAGCUGUCCAAAGAUCCCAUCCUCCCCUGACCUAAAGAAAAGUAGAAGUGCCUCUACCAUUAGUAAGUCUGACUACAUGGAGAUCCAGGAGGGGGUAAACAACAGUAACGAGGACUUUAGAGAGGAAAACUUGAAAACAGCCAACUGCACUUUGGCUAAUACAAACUAUGUGAAUAUUACCAAAAUGUUAACUGAUGUCUGAUUGAACCCUAUUCACAUACUCCCAGCUCAAUGGAACUAAUGCAGAUAUCGCAUAAUAGCCUGCAUUGUAGUCAGUGUGUUCUACAGUGUGUAUCUGGUUCUGCAUGGAAAGCAAUAGUCGUGCAAGUGACUUUUGAUCUUUUGAUUUUUGAUUUAGAACACAGAAUAUGUAUCCAUGGCUUUCAUGCAAAUCUUCAUCACCGGCUUAGGGGUUUCCAAAGAUGGGAGUCACCUAUGGAAGCCAGGAUUUCAGAAGGACACAUUGAGGCCACCUCAUAGCAAAUACAGAACCUACCACAUCAGUGUCACCUUUUCUUCCUAAUGAAAUGCACACGGCAUCUCGCAGAUGCAAUUCCCCCCACCACCCCACUUGAGCCUACCUCCCCCUUCACAGAGGAAAACCACGGUAGCUUAGCUUUAAAGUUCUGGUAAUUAUUCGAAAGGUCUUUCCCAUUUUUGCAUUGAAAAGAACACACAGUGCUGUGUGUUGGAAUUAAUUUCUGUGUCACAGGCUGGGGGGUUGUGAAAUGCAGUUGCCAAGCAGACGCUCCGGAGGCUUGUGUUUCAUAACGGAAAAUACUGCAUUUGGUUUUUUCUCUGCAGUGUCGAUGUGAGGGAAGCCCAGGGGAGGGACAGUUAGGAUGACCGAAUAUGAGUUGUCAGGUUUCACAUUUGCUCCCUUAACGCUACUGGGAGAAGCUAACAAACCAAGGGACCUCUCAGCUUCAGAUUUCACCAUUUUUGCAGGCUUCGGGGUCACAAAAACAUGUCUGAUUUCUUCGUUACACUGGAGGUUGCAGGCAUCUGCUUUCCUAGUGCUGGGGCCCAGCUACACUGACACUGCAGUGAAAUUUACCAGUGAUGCGAUAGAGCUGCAUGGGUGUUUGUUGCAUGAAUCUCAAUAUUUAAAACACAGGAGAUAACCUAUUUUCUUAGUAGCCUACACAGUAUUCAUAUUUAGAGUAUUAAUAGCCUAGGAAUGGCGUUGAACGAGGGUUGUCUUUUUUUUCCCAUCAGAAUACAAAAGCCCUCAAUCAGGAGAAAAAAAAUAGACUGUUUGGAGUGGGGAACCAAAACUUCUGGCCCUCCAGCCCACCCCAUCCCUGUUCUUCCAAAUGGGGGCACACAGCUCUGCAAAGCCAGGAGAGUGAGCAGGGAAAGCAGUGUCUAAACACCUCACGUGACUGCACCUUAGGAAUUAACCUAGUCAUGGGCAUGACUGUAUAGCUGACUGGGGCAUCUCGUCCUGAGGAAAUGUGGAUCUGUGGAUCCAGUGUAUAUAAAUAUGUACCGAGAAUCUCUUUCACGAAUUCCUCUACCUAGCUAGCUAUAGAAAAAAUUGCAUUUGAACCUUGUAUAAGCUUAUGCAAUAUUUUUGACACAGGGCAAUAUAUGCAUGUGUUUGACUAUGUGCACUAGAGUGUGUAUAUAUAUAUAUACACACACAUAUAUAUAUAUACAUAUAUAUACAUACAUACGUGUGUAUAUGUAUAUAUGCACACAUACAUAUAUAGUCAUUCUCUGGAGUUCAGGUUCAGGAGCAAAUCCACUGCUUGGUGGGUUGGUUGUCUCAGAGGCCUAAUGGGUUAAUUUGUCUCAUUGGUCAUCCCACUGGGCCUAGGUUUGCUGCCAUUGCCUCAGACACUCCAGUCUUCAUGGAUUCUUAGAUGUUCGAAUUGUCUUUCUGCCCUCCAUGUGCUGCAGCUUCAGUUUCUCAUGGCUGAAGCUUGUCUUACUGAGUGCACAAGGGCCCUAGGGCCCUCACAGCUCCAGCUGUCCUGGGCCAGACCCAACCCAGGCCUCCUCUCUACAGCCCAUCAUCUUCAUCACCUCCAUUCUCGUCUUUCCCCACCCUGUCCGGUUUUUAUUUAAGACGUAGAAUGUAUUUACCAAUAUAGAACAUACACAAGAGACCUACAUAUACCAUGAACGAAGACACAACCUGCAACUCUGAUGCAAAAUACACAAAACCAACAUGGUCAUUUGCCUCUGCAUCUGUCACUUUCAUGAAUCUUUCCCCAAAGAGCCAGAAUGGAUCACCUGCUUUGAAACCAAGGACACUAAGGAGGAGGGCUCCUGGGGACCCAAUUCCACAGGUCUGGGCUGAAAGGAAACCUCCUCUAUGUGAAAAUUUCUGAAGUUCAGGACCAAGGGAUGGAAUCCCUAGUCGAUCCACAGGCGUCAUGUUCUCUCAAGCUCUCUCCGCAUUAAACUGGCAACCAGGGCUGCUUAAGAAACCAAAGCCUGGGCACAGAAUCAUUCCCCACCGCCAGAACGGGCUGAGAGUGAAAAAGCACUGCAUAGCCUAAAGGUAGAGUUCAGCUGGCCCUGGAAUACAUGGAGGUGGGGAAGCUUUUGCCUCACAAACUGGGCUUCUUUGCCUUUCAACAUAAUAGAUUAAAUUUCCCAAACACAGCGAGUUGUGUGGUCAGGCUGCCCAGCCAUGACUCCAGCCCCGGCCUCACUGUUGGCUCUUCAGCACCUACAGUUAACCUGGGGGGGUGGGGCACCAGCCCAGGGUGCUCACUAGUUCCUGGUCACCCACAUCCCCAGGGGUCUGCAGGGUAUCCCAGGCCCAGCGCGAAGCCUCUGUGCUUCUCUUCCUCUCCUAUAUGGGAGGUGGUGCUGCAUUUCCAAGACAUAGGGUGGAGGGACGCAGACCUUGGGAAAAUAGAUGGUAAGACAAUGCAUACCUAAGGCCGAGGUUGUGGGGUAGAUGUUUUAUCCCAGUGUCCUUGACCUGGGACUAUAAAAUGUUCACCCACACCGGCACACAGACAUGCACACCCAUCACAAAAGAGAUCUACAUUGUUGCCAUACACAAAUACAAAACAUGCACCACACAUGCAGAUACACAGAGACCAAAUUAAUGAAAAGGGCACUCAAAAGAUAUACGGUUAUACCUAUAUCCAGAAUACACACACUCAGCACAGACACGGGAUGUACUUACCAAUACGGAACAUAUACAGAUACCUACGUACACCACGUACAAACCUGCAACUCAGAUGCAAAACACACAGAAACUACAUGGACACAUGGGUAUACAUACAGGAUACACAAAAGAUACUUUACUAUUAUUUCUGCACACAAAAUACAAACUCGGUUUGUACACACAAUACAUUUAUUCACAUUACGCACACAAAAUACAGCACACACACCCAAGAACACACACACACACCACACAUGAAAUGUGUACAUAUACUCAGAUCCAUUGUUCUGCCUCCAUAGCUAUAAAUUAAUAGGCAUAAACAAAAGAUCAGAUUUAAUCAUCUUUCCCUAACCUGCGUCUCUCCCCCUCAAUAUCCUUCAGGAAAUCUCUUCCUCUAGUCUUUUCCCCCGCCUCACUCCUAGAUUUCAGAAAAAUAACCCCAAGGUUUAAGGCAAAAUAUGGACCAGCAUCGUCAAGCAGAUCUCUGAUUAAGACUGGGAAUCUCAUAGGGUUUCUACCUGUUCACCUUCCUCCCACCAGAAACCCUGGUGCCAAGCAUGGAAGGACCUGGGACAGCUGACGGUCCAUUAAUAUACACCUCCUGGCCCCGUCCUUUCUUUCAAAGCAAGUGCACACAGACAACCCAAUAGCCCAGUCUCCCCUGCUCCCAACCCCUGGGAUCUCUGGAUUCAACCCCGUCCUCUUGAAAGCAGUGGUGGCUCAAGAAACUGCAGGGUCGUAGGCCCAGAACCAGAGGGAGGAUGCUCCCAACAUUCCCUCAGCCCACAGACCUUAUUGCCCCUCCAUCCCCAGUGUCUUUGUCAGGGGGCUCAGUCAGAAAGUCGAGGCCAUAUGUAGACUUGUCUCUUAAAAUGAGUCACCUUUACUUGCUUGUGGCAUCUCACUUGCUCUUGGGCAUAAGCCCAAUGGAGUCAACUCCUGAGUCCCCUCUAUGGGUGUGCAAUGCCAGGCAGGCUUCUUCCCCUGCCCCGGCUCCACCUGGUUGCCUUGCCUCCCAUCCAAUGGCUGUACCUUGAGGAAACACACACCAAUUCAGCUUAAGUGAAACCUGAUUAAGGACUUAAACCUAAUGUUACACAAGCAAACAGCAUCUUUUUUUCAGAAGACCUGAUUUGUAUCCUAUAUUCUAAGGCCAGAUUGAAAUGCUUUGUAAGAUUACACGCUGUUUUGGGUUACACACAGAGCUGGCUCUUCCCUCUAGUAGGACUAGCUGAGAGCUGGGUGCGUUUUAGCAAAGGCUUCACCUCAGAUGGAAGUUGGGGGGUUGAAGUCAGGCAUCAGAUCAGGUCUCUACUCCUGCGGCCAUCCAGGGUGUGCCCCACGCUUCCCUCCUAAAGAUAGUCAAGCUCCCAGUCUCCACGGAGGAAGCAACAGCCACAGGAAAUGAGCGUGUGGGUCCAAAUCUGCACAUUCAGUGCAACAUGCUGGGCCUUUCAAGUGUUUUCAAGUCAGGAUACCAAUUUUCCCUUUAGCUUCAGCAGGUGUCUCCAUGGGCUCAAACUUUCAAGGAAGUUGGAGUUCUCAGGAGUCUACAGAGAAGGAAGUCCAGGAGAGGUGGAGAGGUUGUCAGGAAGAAAGAGUACCUGAGCUAGUCAUAUUUCAGAAUUAACUUUUCAGGAGCUGAAAUGUACCGAAGGUCAUAAUGAAGGCACUGUGCUUCCUGAAGCUUCUGUGGUGUUUGACACACUCUUCCUUCCUCUCUGCUUCCCUCUGCUCCUCUCAGCUGGGCCUCGGAGGAUGGAGUAGGCAUGAAACCAGGAGGUUAGCCCUGAAAGGGGGCCCCAAGUGAGUGUGCCUCCAGACUCCAUUGGUCUGGUGUGGAAAGGGCUGCCAGGAAAGCUUUGUUGAGUCUCCAGCCUGGGGGCUCAUGUGGCCACCCCGUGUGGAGAGGGCUGCAGGAUUAGCUUGUCCUGUCUGCUCUCCCUGGAUCUCUCACUCCAUUGUAGUGAGGUCUUUGGCCAACUUCCUUAAUCACGGUCAACCAUAAAGUAUCAGCGCCACGCGCAGUUGAGAGAGGGCAGGCUGGGGGUUCAGUGCUGCCAACAGUAGCAGAGAAGAGAGGUGGAGGCUGACUUUCCCCAAAGGAAACUAUAGGACAGUUUGCAAAUUGCAUAUGAGGGUAGCACCAGACCCCCCCCACCCCCGCCCAUGGCAGGUGGGAGGAGUACACUGCUUUGAAUUGUUUACCCAGGGGUGGGGAUGGUGAACCCUGCUCCAGCUCUGGCUCUCCUAGGGCCCAUUGUCAUAACAGCCUCCGUCUGGGUGAUGGCUGCCUGGUCUGAGAGGGCUGGUCUACGUAGGGUGUAAUUUCCAGGGUGCUCCUUGGUUACACAAUGGAGGCUUGCCCAGCCUUGACAAAGUGUCCAUUGCCAGGUAUGAACCCAUGACCUCAAACUCAUUAACAUCAUUAGCCACCUGCAGAGCCAACUAGCAGAGCGCUGGAUGCUGGGAGGUGUCCAAACGGCUAAUGUGACCAUUAUCUUGAUCCUAAGACUUGGCCCUUGUUGAGACCAGCCCUGUUCUCUCAUCAAAGCAGCAAGCAGGGACAGGUGGAGGUAAGUGAUCCCUGACAAGCUGGGAUGGGUCUCUUCCUCAAACAAACCUAGUUCACUUUUCCCUUCUUUCUGCUUCCUUUCCCACCAAAGUUCAGCUCCAUCUCUCAUAGUUUAUUUUUUAAAGAGGAAACGUGCAAUAAACUAAAUAGUGACUGUUUUCUUUAGCAAUAGUUAUCUCAAAAUCUUGUUCUCAGGACUGAAAAGCGAUAGUACCCGGAUGCUCAGAUAAUGCCCUUGGCUUCUGGGCAUUAGUUCACCGUCUCUGUAGUUCCCUCUUCUUCCCACAUGGUCAUAUGACUCCUGCCCUCUGAGGCUCUGACCCUCCUUUGGAAUGUAAACAUACACAUCUGCACAAGGAAGGUCGGGAGAAGGCUUUCUUUAUCUCUCUGGCUCUUCCCGUGUGCACCUCUCUGUGUCUCCGUGUGCAUCUCCGUCCCUCUCUCCCUGCCACCUGCCCCUUCCGCCUGCUCUCACAUGGCACUCUCACAACCUCCAGGCACUGAAACCUUGAGUCUGAGCGACCUCACACCAGGUCAUCUCAUGGGCUUAUGGUCAGACUGGCAGGGUGUAAUGGAAGCCUGCAGGAAAGCGCUUACCAAUAGAUAAGAAUAAAGCAUCCUGAGCCAUUACAGAAGAUCAUUUCCAUGCACUUAAAGCCAUCACUUGAUCCCUCUGUUUUCCUCCCUCCCCUCCCCUGGGAGAUGGAUGCUGGAGGAAUGUGGCCUGGAGGUUUGCACCUGGGAUGGGUAGCCUGGGCAGAUUUGGGGAAUUGCCCUCUGGCUGUCCUUCAAAACAAGCUGACUUGCUUAACCAAAGGGAUGCCAUGAGAGCUGCGGAGAGAAGCAAGUGUUUGUGGGCAGAGGUCUACAGGGAUAGUGUUCGUGGGUGGUUAGGGCAUGACAGUAGUGAAACGAAGACCCCCACCACCCAAGGUAGUGUACUGUUGCACAAAUAUCUACACACGUAACUGGGGACUUUAGAAGAGUCUCCUUUCCUGAAAAAAAUCUGUGCGGUUGAAUUCUCAGACUGGACAAUCGGGGAAGGCUGGCAACGCCAGGGUCCCAUCCCAUGCCUUUUCACUCUACCUUGCUCUAUACGUGCGUAUACAGCAAAACCUCAGUUAACUGAUGGGGAAAUGCUCAGGGAAGGGAGCCGUCUGGAUGGCUUUACAAUUAUGGUUUUUUGGGUGGGAAUGGGAAAACGUGUUUUGGUUCAACCUUUGUUAUGAAAAAAAAAAAAAAAAAAAAAAAAAACCUUU